AUGGGAAUUACUGAGCACUCUACCGAGACAACAAAUGCAUUGGGAAAAGCUUCACUUAUUCAAUUGAUAGUAACAGGAAUGCUAUUUGGUCUUAUUCACGUUUUAACAGGUCCUGACCAUUUGAGUGCCUUGGCGACAUUGUCCGCCGGUUCUUCGUGGCGUUCAUUUGCACUUGGAAUACGAUGGGGUUGUGGUCAUAGUAUUGGAUUGAUUGUAAUGGCUAUUAUCUUUAUUGCAUUGGAUGGAAAAUUGGAUUUUUCGGUCUUGAAUAUUGUUACGGAUGUGCUUGUGGGGGUCUUUAUGAUUGCAUUGGGGAUCUAUGGAGUACAUGAAGGUGUGAAAAAAUCUAGACAGAGUCAAAGACGAGGAGGUUCACGAAGAAAAAGAAAAAAUGAAAAGGAUACGAAGAAAACUAAUGGGGUGCAGGAGGAAAGUAAAGAUAAUGACGUAGUAGAGAUGGAGACGAAAGUGGAAACGGACACGGACUCGGUUGUAAUACCCAGUCAGACGUUGCUGAAAGAAGACGCGACGAGAUCGAACGACGAGAUCUCAGUGACUUUUAGUGAUGAGGACAUGAUGAUGCCAAGAAGGUUGGAGGAUAUGAAGAAUGUAAAGACAAUUGAUGAUGAUGUUGAGAACGAUGCAAUUGUCGUUGAUGUGAAAAUGUCACUAAAACAACCUUCAGGUAAAGCAGACACAGAUACUAGUCCAUGUGGGAGUGUAGUGGCGCUGGAGGAACUAUUGUCGUAUCGUAAUCAAUCUAGCGAUGAAACGGAUUCCGAGAUGGAAGGAGCGAAACGAGGCACUGGACCCAUGUGCUGCGGCUUGAAACUACCGACGAUCGACUUUCAGAACGCGCAGACGCAAAAGUGCACUGCGUUGGUAGUAGGAAUCAUUCAUGGAAUUGCAGGACCAGGUGGUAUUCUCGGUGUAUUGCCUGCAGUGGGGCUGCAUAAUACGAUCAAGUCGUUCACAUACUUGGGUUCUUUUUGUUUGACAUCUAUUCUCGCGAUGGGUGGCUUUGCCGCUGGGUACGGUGAAGCAACAGGUCGGCUUGGUGAACGUUCGGAGCUGCUGGCUUUCCGUAUAUCUAUCUUCUCGUCCAUGCUCUCAGUAAUUGUGGGUAUUUUGUGGCUAGUCUUAGCUGCCAUUGGCAAGCUUCAGGAAAUUUUUGGGUAA